UUUUUUAGAAGCCGCCCUGCCGAAACCUGGCACGCGAAGAAACAAUUGGUUUGGAACAAUUUGCCGGUGUUUGCCUCGUGCCCACGCCAAAGUGAGAAGACUUGGACGAACUGGAAAGCUUUGUCGGGUUCGGCCGUUUGUCACGCUGCUAAUCGGCGAACCGCGAUUGCCCGUCAAGAAGUGUGACUUGGCUCACCAUGGGUAAUUAUCGGAGUCACCCGGCGACCGAGAUCGAAAGUGAACAGGGCGAAGGCGCCUUCUACAAAUUCGCGGCGGCGUCCAUGCAGGGCUGGAGGAUCAACCAAGAGGACGCCCACGCCUGUCUGCCGAAUUUCGAUCAAGACAAGGACAUUUCUCUGUUCGCCGUUUUCGACGGCCACGGAGGCUUCGAGGUCGCCAAAUACUGCGCCGAAAACUUGCCCGAACACAUCAAGAAUGACCUCUCGUACAAGCAUGGCGACUUCAAAGAGGCCCUCGAGGAGGCCUUCAUGUCCUUCGACAAGUCCCUCAGAACCCCGGAAGUCAUCAAGAAACUCAAGGACAUCAUGAACAUGUCCACGGGCGACGCCGCCAACGACUCUGAUUUUGAACCUGAAGAUGUCAAUGGUCUCCUCGAAGAGGCCUGCACUCCUUUGGAAAAGGUCCUGCAGAAGUACAUGAAGGACAAAUUGAAAGAUGAUGCAGGAAAAGUGAAUGGCAGUGCAGAGAAUAAAGAGGCGGAAGAGAAUGGAGGGGAAGGAGGUAGUUCCUCAGGAGCUGGAGGUUCAUCCGGUGUGGCCGAACCUGCAAGUGCGGGUGGCAGUGGAGGAUCUCCUGGAAGACCUGGCAGGGGAGAAAGAAAGAAGAGCUCACCCAAGGAAAAGGGGUCCAAAGAAGAGAAGGAAUCAACUGAUGAAAGUAGUGAGGAGGACGAUGACGAAACUUUCGACAGUGAAGACGAGGAAGGUACGUCAGGGUCCGAGGAAAGCGGAGGUGAAUCUGGCACAGACGAGGAUGAUGAGGAGGGUGAUGACGAGGAAGACAUGGAAAAUGAAACUCCAGGGCACAUGUGGCUGAUGCGUUAUCUGAAAAGGAAGAGAAUGGCCGAAGAACUUAGUUCCGACGAGGAAGGAGAGGAAGGUGCACCUCCGAAGAAAAGGAAGCCAGUCCUCACCGGGCUCAAUAGCACUCCUGGCAUUGAGUCUGGAACGACUGCUGUUGUUGCCUUGCUGGCCAAAGACAAAGUUACCGUGGCCAACAUCGGUGAUUCGAGGGCCAUUCUGGGUCGUGUGGUGAAAGGAGAAGACGGGGUCACCAAAGUAAUAGCCGUCGAACUGAGCAAGGACCACAAACCUGAGCUGCCCGAGGAGAAGGAGCGCAUCGAAAAUGCUGGAGGUGAGGUGGACGACGACGGACGGGUCGACGGAGGCCUCAACCUCUCGAGGGCCUUUGGAGAUUUUGUUUUCAAGGCCAACAAGGAGCUGCCUGCUGAGAAACAAGAAGUCAUUGCUUUUCCUGACAUAAUUACUCAAGAAAUUUCUUCUGGAGACAAAGAAGAAGACAAGUUCCUUUUUGUGGCGUGUGAUGGAAUUUGGAACGACAUGACCUCUGACGAAGUGGCAAACUUUGUCUGGGACCGUCUUUCUUUGGAUGUUUCUCUGAAUGACAUCCUUGAGCAGAUGUUCAAAGAAAUCCUUGCUCCGAAUUUGAGUGGCGACGGCACAGGUUGUGACAACAUGACCGCCGUCCUGGUGCAGUUCAACAAAGACAAACCCAAGGACAAUCAAGUUGAAGCUCCGAAGGAGGGAGGAAGUGCCGCCGCUUUGGACAUUAGUGAUAAAAAAUCCCAAGAUGCAACUGUUUAAAAACGCUUACCAAAGUUAGCAGUGGAAAAGCUCCUUUCAAAGCAGAUCAAUUAAUUUAGUUUGCGCCUGUAGAAAAACCAUGCGCGUUCAGCAACUCAUUAUAAGUCUUCACUUUAAACUCACGAAUGUACCAACUGUGGUAUUAUUUUUGUACCAAGUCCUUAUAUUUUGAUGCUCGAGAUAUAAACACUUUAAUGAAAUUUAUGCCAUUCGUUUAGAUGCUAAUAAUAAAAAUUUAAAACCAAAAUAGAA